AUGGCGUCUCCUCCUGUCGCUCCCACCUGGGGCGGCUCUCCCGCUUCACGGCCCUCAGAUCCCAUUCCUCAUCCCACGUCUGCGACAACGAGUGCUACUACCUCUACUACUACUACUAUUACUACUGUGACGACGGCGGCUAUCACUCCUCCCCCAGAUACUCCGACUAGUCGCUAUUCCGUUGCUUCCAGAGCCAGUUCUUCUUCUUCCUCCGGCUUGGACUACUACUCCCACAACUCCCCACCACCACCCCUUUCGUCGCAACUCCACGACCACCACCGUUCGAUCUCAAUUUCAAGUCACCAUUACGAUCAAUCGCCAGUACUUGCGCAAGCACAAGUACGAGCAUCGUUGCACCGAAAGCCUGUCCCGCUGCCGGAGCAGGACCAGCAUGCCAGUCCAGUGAUCGACCCUGUCCACCUAUCCUCUCCCCUUUCGAUUAAGAAUAACCCCCUCCCAUUCCUCAUCCUGCUGCUGGUUCUAUAUCCCCUUCGUCGGUCGAGGGAGGCGACUCCUUUAUAUUAG